AUGUCUUCCCAAUCGCUGCCCAACGGCACGGCCAGGCCUGAGAUGCCGCUCUCCAGCAAGAAGAACAGGAAACUGCGCAAAAAGGCCACCCAGCCACAGCCAAUUCUCAAAUACGCCUGGCUGGCUGGACAUGUCAGCACGUUGCUUUUCGGGUUCAUCUACCUCAGCUACUACGUCGUCCGCAAGUCGCACAAGUCGUGGGUGGCCUUCGCCGGCUACAGACUUGCAAAACUUCCAGUACCUCGUUCUGUCGGUGCACUGGUUUUUCGGAUGGUCGUCUUUCUUCAAGCUGCUGCCAUAUCUGUUGAUUGCGACGCUACAGCUGUCCAGCCACUUCCAAAUCAAGCCAUUGCUCAAACUGGAGCCGGUGCUCAAAAAGACCAUCGUCUACAACGAAUUGUUCCUGUUCGUGCUGCUCGCAUUCGAUACACUGCGUAUGAGAGGAAACUCCGGUUUUGGUCUCGUCAGCUACGCCAUGUUCUACUGGCUCAGACUGCUGCACAGCGAAGACAACAGAUUCUUUGUCUACUCGGUGAUCAGCAAACUGGACACCUUCAUGUCGAAGCAGAAAAACCCAAAAAUCGUGGAGGCCUGGGGCGAGGUCAAGAAAUUCCUGAGUGUCCGGCAGAGCAAGUUCGAGUCCCAGUACUUGGCCGUAUAACUACGCGUAACUACAUACAAUGA